AAGAAGUGUUUGCUUGGGGAUUCUGUCAAGACAGAGACUGUGAGGAAGGAAGAACGUUGCCUGAGCAGAAGGAGCAUAUUCUCAGGAGACGGGGCCUCUGUCCACACCAAUCUCAGGCCCCUGGAAAGACCCCCACCUGCACCAGCCCAGCCUUCCAGGGAGAGAGCAGACCCCAGAAUCUCCUUCAUCAUGAACUGGCACAUGAUAAUCUCUGGGCUUAUCGUAGUGGUGCUUAAAGUUGUUGGAAUGACCUUAUUUCUGCUGUAUUUCCCACAGAUUUUUGGCAAAAGUAAUGAUGGCUUCAUCCCCACAGGGAGCUACGGAACAGUCUCACAGAUUUUUGGGAGCCUUUCCCCAAGUCCCAACAGCUUCAUUCCCACAAGCAGCUAUGGAACAGUCUGCCCAAAAGAGUGGGACUUUUAUCAAGGAAGAUGUUUUUUCUUAUCCACUUCUGAAUCAUCUUGGAACAAAAGUAAGGACUUUUGUGAAAGGGAAGGUGCCACUUUGGCAAUUGUCAACACACUAGAGAAACUGAAAUUUCUCCAAAACAUAACAAGUGCUGAAAAGUAUUUUAUUGGCUUAAUAUAUCAGCAUGCAGAGAAGAGGUGGCGUUGGAUCAACAACUCUGCGUUCAAUGGCAAUGUUACCAAUUGGAAUCAGAAUUUCAACUGUGUGACCAUUGGCCUAACAAAGACAUUUGAUGCUGCAUUAUGUGAUACCAGCUACCGCAGGAUCUGCGAGAAGAAUGCCAAAUGAUCCCUGUUCUCUGUGACAAGAACAAAUACACUUAUGGAGACAGCAAAA